GAUUACACUACAGCUCCCCAAGUAAUUUUUAUAUUCGGUAGAGAAUCUUUUGACGUAUUUCCAUAUUUAACUACUAAUUUUUACAGUCUAAAACAGUCAUUUUCUACCGCUAUAAAGGAAUACUUCUCUUCGUCUAAAGAGGAGAGAAAUCCAUGGAGACGAUGACGAUGAAGGUUGAAACCAUUAGUAAAGAAAUCAUAAAGCCAUCUUCGCCAACUCCAAAUAAUCUCCAAACUCUCCAACUCUCAAUUUACGAUCACAUCCUUCCUCCAGUUUACACAGUAGCCUUUCUCUUCUACACCAAAAAUGAUUUGAUCUCUCAAGAACACACUUCCCACAAACUCAAGACUUCUCUGUCUGAAACCCUGACCAAGUUCUACCCUCUUGCCGGAAGAAUCACCGGAGUAACCGUCGAUUGUACCGAUGAAGGAGCUAUCUUUGUCGAUGCUCGUGUCAAUAACUGUCCUCUCACUGAAUUUCUCAAGUGCCCUGAUUUCGACGCCCUCCAACAGUUGCUUCCUCUAGAUGUUGUAGACAACCCAUACGUGGCUGCUGCCACGUGGCCUUUGCUGCUCGUGAAGGCAACUUACUUCGGAUGCGGAGGCAUGGCCAUAGGAAUCUGCAUCACUCACAAAAUCGCGGACGCAGCCUCCAUCUCGACUUUCAUUCGGUCCUGGGCCGCCACGGCUCGAGGAGAGAACGAUGCCGCUGCGAUGGAAAGUCCUGUAUUUGCUGGUGCGAAUUUCUACCCACCAGCCAAUGAGGCUUUUAAGCUACCUGCGGACGAACAAGCCGGCAAGAGAAGCAGCAUUACAAAGAGAUUUGUGUUCGAAGCUUCUAAGGUGGAAGAUCUCAGGACCAAAGCCGCUAGUGAAGAAACAGUAGACCAACCUACGCGGGUGGAGAGCGUUACUGCGCUCAUCUGGAAAUGCUUCGUCGCAUCCUCAAAGACAACUACUUGUGAUCACAAAGUGCUGGUCCAGCUUGCUAACUUGCGGUCCAAGAUACCUUCCCUUCUGCAAGAAAGCUCUAUCGGAAAUCUCAUGUUCUCUUCUGUGGUCUUGAGUAUUGGUCGAGGAGGGGAAGUUAAAAUUGAAGAGGCCGUUAGAGACUUACGAAAAAAAAAGGAGGAGUUAGGAACUGUGAUCCUAGACGAGGGUGGGUCAUCUGACUCAUCUUCCAUGAUCGGUUCGAAACUAGCAAAUCUGAUGCUCACCAACUAUUCUCGGUUGAGCUAUGAGACUCAUGAACCCUAUACCGUGAGUAGCUGGUGUAAGCUACCUCUUUACGAGGCUAGCUUUGGAUGGGAUUCUCCGGUUUGGGUUGUUGGGAAUGUGUCCCCCGUGUUAGGCAACUUGGCCAUGUUGAUAGAUUCCAAGGACGGACAAGGAAUUGAAGCGUUCGUCACACUGCCUGAAGAGAACAUGUCGUCCUUCGAGCAGAACCCAGAGUUGCUCGCCUUUGCUACCAUGAACCCUAGUGUCUUGGUUUAAAUCCUGUACUGAAAUUUGUUGUUUCCUCAAUAAAGAUUUGGAUACACCGAAUCUAUAUAUAUCUUCAAGAUGUAAUGCAAGAAAUGUAAACUACUGGAAUAUCAUUUAUGUUUUAACUUUUCUGAAUAUAAUUCCUCAGCUGGUAUGACGUAGUUAAUUACCAAUAAACCGUCAUUUACAUAUUCUACCAAAUACCAAUGAUCAAAGCUUAUCCUAAGUUCCAUCCACUAAUCA